AUGACUUAUAUUCCAUACUUGAUCAUCAUCGCCUCCUACAUCAUCUACAAACUUCUCCACAAUGCUCAACUCAACAACCGUGCCAGGAAACUAGGUUGCAAACCAGUCAAACGGAUCCCACCACGCAACUGGCUCGACUCCAUCGGAUUAUACGAGAUCAUCUUUCGCAAACAAAUGAUGGAAAAGGGCGCCACGUUUGAAAACCUCGAACUAGCAUUUGCUCGAGCCCAAGCCAAAACUUUCCAAGGCAUGGCCCUCUUCAAACCAUUCAUCAUGACAACCGAGCCGGAAAAUCUCCGCCAUAUGAUGUCACUGGCCCACUUCAACGAAUGGAACAUAUGGCCCCGCCCACAGGCAUUUGGUAUCUUACUUGGUGACGGCAUAUUCUCAAGUGAAGGAGCACAAUGGAAACAUUCACGCGUCAUGUUGCGUCCUUCCUUCACCAAGGAAAAUGUAAAACAAAUUGCCAAAAUGGAACCAUUUGCCGCUAGAGUUGUUGAAUUAGUCAAGCAACAACAAGGUGAAGCUGUCGAUAUGCAAGACAUUUUCCAAUUCUUUACUAUGGACUUUACGACUGAUUUGUUACUAGGUGAAAGCAGCGAUUCAUUAAAGGAUGCACUAGGCCAAUCAUCCCAAACUGGUAUCGACCCCGAAUUGAAACGUCAAUUCAGCAUUGCCUUCGACGUGUCGGCAAACUACUUGAUGACAAGAGCAAUCUUGGGUCAUUUGAUGUUUUUGGUCAACCCAAAAGCACUUCAAGAUGCCAUACGUGUGCAACACAAAUUUGUCGGCUACUACAUUGCAAAAGCCCUUGCUAUGAACACUCGUGAAUUGCAGGAGAAAUCCGACGAUGGCACGAUUUUCCUCUAUCAAUUGGCUCAUGAAACAAAAGACCCCAUCAAUUUGCGUAAUCAGAUAUUGAGCAUCAUAUUGGCUGGUCGCAACACAACUAGUGGACUAAUGACGUUUCUUUUUGCUCAAUUGAGCAAACACCCUCAAAUUUACGCUCAAUUGCGUGAUAUUGUUCGUCACGAUUUCCCCACUGUUGAAUCCAUCACGUUUGACUCGAUACAAAAUUGCAAUUACUUGAGGUGGUGUAUCAAUGAAACGUUGCGAAUCAACCCUUCAGUACCAUUCGAGUCCAAGACUGCAUCAGUGGACACUACAUUACCACGUGGUGGCGGGCCCGAUGGAAAUGCACCUAUUUUUGUGUCCAAGGGAACAAGAAUUGUGUAUUCGCUAUGGGUCGGGAAUCGAGAUGAAAAGUACUUUGGCAAGGACACAAAUGAGUUUAUUCCUCAACGAUGGGAAAAAUUGCCACGUAAUGGUGGUAUCGCGUUUAUGCCAUUCAGCGUGGGUCCUCGUGCUUGUCUUGGUCAAUCUUUGGCAUUGACUGAAGCGGCAUACAUCACGAUUCGCUUGUUGCAAAAUUUCGACACUUGUGAGCUGCAUCUUGGUCCGGAACCUUGGAGAAAGACGUCUUCUGCCACAAUGAGAUUAAUCGAUGGAUGCAAGCUUAGCUUCAAAUGA